UUGUGGUUGUGGAGAUGAUCAGUAGAAUACGCGGAUCACCUCCCCACUCGUUUGCCCCUUAUUUGGACUAAAAGAGCUGGUACGGGUCAGUGCGAUGGAUGGAUAAGGAUACUCAACCACGACCAAGCAACGGGGCGUGCCUGCUAAUGUGCCUAGCCGUUGUUAAGAGCCAGGAAAUGACCCGAGCACGUAGUACACACUGGGGUUGUAUGCUGCGGGAGUAUCUUUGCGUGACGUGUCACGGAGCAUCUUUAUCACAGAAUGGACACGGAUUAUCCACAGGCUUAUCAUCUACUGCCCGUGUCAAGAGACUCGGGGCGUUGGAAGGUCUUCUUCAUAUGGGCAUGUUGACGGGUAGUCGGCAUACAAACUUCGCAGAAGGGGGCUCUGGACCUGUUUCUGCUCAUAAGGCUAGCGACUCUUGGUAUAUGGUGGCAUGAUAUCACUUCCCACAUUCUGGAAUGUAGCACCUUGACGAGCACGCAAUUGGCUAUAGGAUACCGAGCCCACAAAAAUACGCGCAACAGGCAGC